AUGUCUUCCCAACAAAGUGAUUUGGUCAGUCUAUGGAAACCGUCAAUAGCAAGACACGAGUUUCGAACGAAUCCUGCUUUAAAGGGAGUAACGACCGCAGGAUUUUCCAUGGGAUAUCUUCAGACGACUGUGGUCAUUUUACCAUCUGCAUUAGCAAAUGAUUUUGAGCAGUUUUGUGAGUUCAAUAGCGUAGCUUGCCCUUUACUUUAUAGAAGUGAACGUGGUGAGGUCUCGGCUGGACCCCUGGCUCCUUCCUCUGAUAUAAGGUACAAAACAAAAUGGAAUUUAUAAAGUUUAACUCAAGCUUAUAUAAAUUGCAACAGCAUCAAGAACUUGAAAAACGAUAUUGGUUAAUGCACAAAAGGCGAAUCGUUGUUUUAAGUUUAUCCAUACAUGCAAAUUGAGCGAGUUGGAGUGAUGGAAGAUCCAUUGUUCUUUUAUUUCAUUUUCACAAAAGAACAAAAGGCCCCGAGUCAGUGUUUUAAUACAUAAUACACUCGGCGGAAUGCAAUGAAGUUUUAAUACCGUCAAACUCAGAAAACCGUCACCACAUAAGUUAGUAUAUGUAGUCGGAUUACAUGCUGUCAAAUUUGGAAAUAAUUGGAUGAAAGAAAUUCCAAGGACAGCCAAAACUGGAUGAGGCCGUAAGCCGAGUCCAAUUUCGCUGUUAGAUAAAUUUUUUUACCCAAUUAUUUUCAAAUUUGACAAGGACGUAGUCCUCGUACUUAUUAAUUAUAUAUUUAGCUGGUUGGCUGAUCCACUUGUUAGCGCGUCACAGAAUAAUAUUACACAAUCGAACCGUUUACAAGUUGAAACAAAUAUACUGCAAGAUUUUAAAAAAAGGUUCAUUCUUAUAGCGCCAACUAAUCCUUUACGAUCCUUUACUUGAUGCGCAAACCUAGUACUUUAGGCGCUGCAGGUAAAAAGGCCACGGGAAACCGCCAUUUCGAGUACAACUGAAGACAAAAACAAUGCAGAUACUUACUUCAAACACCAAAACUAUUAAAAAUAAAGAUUUCAGUCAUUACCUCAGACUAUUUCAGCAGACUUCGUCCGCAACUGAACAUAAUUAUGCACUUAAAUGUUUGGUUUGAAUGCGAACAUCUGAACACAAUUUAUAUCACAGUAUUUUCUUGUUCUUGUCCAAAGUUUCAGUACUUGCACAUUUUCCAGAGCCCUUGCUGCGAAUGCGGGAUAUUCUCUUACGCAAACUUUCAUCCGUUUGGUCAUACAUUUUCCUUCCAAAACAAAACGGUAGCAUUUGCGUUCAGUAACUAAAAAGCAGAGAGCGUUUGCCGACGAAUUUUGGCGCGUGUCACAGAGAUGAUUGGCUACCGUGAGGCACGAAAGUUUUGCAGGAGCUUAUUUUUGUGGAUUAGAGAUUUUUUGUGUUUUGCGGUAACUAAUUUUUGUGCAAUUAGGAAUGACUGGUUUUUCUUGAUGGGAAUUAUUUUUUGCGAUUUACAGAAAGUACCCAGUUACUAGCAUAUAAGGCAGUUAAUACUUUGUUAUGGUUUUUAUUGAGUACGUGCAAUAGAAAUACAUGUUUUUGAACACUACCCAACAGUUUCCGAAGGAUCUCCUUCCCACCACAAAAACUUUCUAAGCGGGUACGGAUUAGUACGUUGAGCAUGCCAAGAGAGAAUGAGCUAGGUGCAUACCUAUACUAUGUAACACUGCACAAAAAAUUGGAUUUACACAAAUUUACUCCAGGUAAAUAUGGUGCAGAAAAGUGCAAACAAGGGGGAAAUUAAAAGCAAAGAUGGUAAAUACUGCAUUUGCUUGCCAGUUUACAUGGGGGUGUAAAUUUUAAGGCAAAUGCUGUAUUUACCAUCUUUGCCUUUUAUUUAACCUUAGUUUGCACUGAGUAAAUUUGGUGUAAAACCAAUUUCUCAGUUAUAUUAUAAUUAGCCUUGACCUGAUUAGUCCCAGGAUACCUUGAAAACACUUGACAAUAUACCAACCCCUUAAAUCUAACCGAAUUCUAUUUAAGCGGUAAUUUUCAGUUGUAUUCGUUUAACCUUGAUAAUUGCUACAACCUCUUAACAUUUUCCUUUGUCGGCUUGAAAGUAAUUUGUUUAACUGCCUUUCAGUGCGCCAAAAAAUAGAGCGUUUUGGGCCAAGAACCAUCUUUAAAAAUUCCAUCGGAAUGUAUUCAACUCUUGUCCCAUUUUGAUUACAACUGUGUUUGUUUUAGGACUGAUAUCCCAAAAUACUGUGUGAAUGAAUUCGGAGUAAUUACUGAAACACCUGGAGAUCUCACAUCACACACUUGGAAUGACUUAGUGUCUUUCUAUGUGGGCUGCAGUUUUGGUUUUGAGGGUAAGCUAGUACGAGCUGGAAUUCCCCUGAAGAAUAUAACCGAAAAGCACGGUGAUGGUGCCUCCAUGUUUGAGACCAACCUUCAUUGCAUAUCUGUUGGACCAUUUGCCUCUCCUUUAAUUGUUUCCAUGCGUGCAAUUCCCAAAGAUCUGGUGGAAAAAACUCUUAUCAUCACUGCUGCCUUUGAAGGCUUGCAUGGAGCACCAAUACACAUUGGAGAUCCAGCGGUCAUUGGAAUAGAUGAUCUUUACAACACAGAGUUUGGUGAACCUUCAGACAUUGGAGAUCUUAUACCCAUGUUUUGGGCCUGUGGCAGAUCAGGGUCCAUAGCAUUAAGAGCAGCAAGUAUGUUUUUAAUGUAACAAACUUAACACACUACAAAGUUGGCGUUUGUAUUUGCCAAGUAACUCUUAAUGACCACUUUAGUCGUGGUGCAUCUCCAGCGUAGUAAUCAUUCUGGAUUGAAUUGCAAUUCGGAAAUGUUGAUUUUAGAGGAGGGGGUAAAGCGGAGUACCCGGAGAAAAAGCCUUUGAAGCUGAACAUUGCCGAGAAUCAACAACAAGCUCGACCCCAAUGGGCGAAUCUUUGCUGAAGUCAUUGUUUACAUUUUUCCUCAUUAGCAUACGACUUAACUCAUAGAAGCCGUGCAGGCCGUAUAUGCGAACUAAAUGCAAAAGUUGAAACAGCUGAUUAAGUUGAGCAAUUUGUGCAAUUUUCAGCUCUUUUCAAGCAAUAUUGAAGGAAAUAUGAGCCAUCAAAAACUGCAAAAUUGCUGCGAGGCAAAAAGUUAUCGAGCCAGUGCAUUAUCUGUAAAAUUUCGAGUUUUUAGAAGAGAAUUUCUCCGAAAUCAUCAGGUGUAUUGGGCUCAAAUUUUCAGAGAUAACUGAAACUGUUAUGCCCUUUCAGUAAUCAGAGUUUCUAUUUUUUUAGCGUCAUCAGAUAGUGAUAAGCAUAUGUUAAUGAGGCAAAAAGUGUAAACAAAGAUUCACCUAUAUGGCAUGGCCUUCGGGAUUCAAAACCAGGCCACACUGGCCGGAGGCGAGUACUCCCACCAAUGCGCUGGCACUUUUGUUCCACAGUUAUCCUUCUAAUACUUUCUGUCAAGUUUUAAUUGUAACGGUAAAACUAACUGAAGUUGCAAAAAGGCUCAUCAAAUUAUUAUAUCAGGAACCCGGUAGCAAAAAAGGUUGAAGAGAUAAAGGUUGAAAGUAUUGUGAGCUGCGAAGACAUGUAUAUGAGGAUAUAAGUGAAGUUACGUCUUUUUGGUGUACUAAGAGAAAUAUAGGUAUAUAUAGUUUACACUGUGUGAAUAAUAAUGAUAAUCGCAAUAAUAAUGAUGAUGAUGAUGAUAAAUCAUCUGCAUUAAUAAGUAUUUAGCGCCAUGUAUUUUCAUACCCUAAAAUGACUCAAGAUACUAAUAUAUAAAUUGUAUUUCAAUUAGUUUUUUUGUAGCCAUGCUAAGCAUGACAUUCUUAAGUUUGUUGCUGACUAACUAAAUUGGUAGCGCAGCUAUAACUUUUGAUAAAAAUCUUUCUCCUUUUUUUUUAAUAACAGAACUCCCACUUUGCUUCUGUCAUUUUCCUGGUUCAGUGUUCAUCUGCGAUACGACUGUGGAUGAAUAUUUCAAAAUCCAUAAACCAGGACAUGGUGAUGAACAACCAAGGCUCGUCACUCUGACAGAUAAACCUUACCUUGCUUCUGUCUGUUCUCUCAGUGUAGCAACAAAAGUAGAAAAGCUGGCUGAAAUUUCUGCAACCCACAACAGUGUCGAUGGAAAGGUAGAUGCACAGUCCACAACGGAUUUCCUGAAGAUAUCACUGAGACUGUCCCAUGCUCCAAUUGUUGUUAUCGGCUUUUUAAAUGAGAAAGAAAGCUUUUCAUCGGAGACAAGUACAUCAGAAUGCAUCCAGGCAAUGAUCGCUCUUAUCAAAGCUCUUGAAGUAUUGAAUAAGAAAAUAACUAUUGUUACUGAACAGAACGCAAAGCUUUUUCGAGAAAUUAUAGUAGACAACGUUGCCCAAGGUCAUUUAAUCUCGAAGGAUGGUGUUCGUGUUGUUGAAUGUGCUCACGACGAGAAGAUGAAUGCUUUGCUAGACAAGCUGUAUCAAGGUAAAAUCAGUCCGAGGCUUGAUACGAUGAUAGGCUUGGAGGCUGAAACAUCACUUCAACCUGAAACGAAGAGUGACAUCAAAAGUGGUUUGGUGGACACGUUAUUUGAAGAAGGUUUGUUGGAAGGGUUUUUAGUUUGCAAAAACACGAUAAUUGUGGGUUCACAUGGGAGAAAAUAAAUGAAUUCUUUUCAGUAAUCAAAGUAUUUAGACUGUUCAACUAUUAUAUAAGUUAGCUUCAAAAAGGUGAAUAUGUGUUUUAUUGCUGUCUAAGGGACACGGCACAAAUUUUUGUCAAGUUCCACUAAAUCAAAUAAAUUAAUAAACUGAUUUUGGAGCGAUCAUGGCAAGGACAAUUGUAACCAGCAGCUGGAUGGUACCUCCAUUUUACUAGACUCAUUCCUAACACUCCUGUGACGACGUUCUAUGUACGUGGUUUAGUAGCCUGUAUUCUCUGUUUACAGCUGAGAAACGCAAUGGAAUUGUGUCCAUUAAGAUCAUUGCUGACAAAACUAAGACCACAGCAGAUGAAGCUGAGUCAAUGGACAGCCACACAUUGAUCACCAGCUCAUUGAAGGGUGCUGGAUGUGGCCUUGCUGCAGCACUCUGUGUUCUUAACAUGUGUCCCAUUCAUUCCUGCUAUAUGAGGCGUGGUAUAGGGAAGAGACCAAUCUUUCAAGCUCAUCAGUUUAUCCUGAACACAUUAGAGGUGAGUGUUGUUUUAUAAGCCUAGUCGUCCAUGAAGGUUUCUUUCUAUUCUUGUUUCUGUUGUAAAGUAAGAUCUGAAGAAAAAUUCCUGUACCAGACAUUUACGGUGAAAUUGCUAGCAAGGGUUUCAAUGCUUUUUUUCUUUUGAAGAAGUGGGAAAAUAACUAAUCACAAAGCAUGGGAACAGUUGUUGUCAUUGGAUUAUUCUUGCGCUUCUGCUUCGGACACCGACAAUCUAGUUUUCAAUAGAUCGUAAGUGACGAAAUUGUAACACAGGCAGACCACUCUCGUUACGCGCGACCUUUUUUGUUGUUAUAAGGGACCUUAAGCAAUGACGGCGACAUAAGGUGGCAAAAACGUCUUUUAAAUAUGUGAAUUGGUGUUCCUUCAAAAUUCAUCGCUCUUCUUUCAUGGCGCUUAAUUUGUCAAGUGUUGGUGAGUUUUUCUGGAGUUGAAUUCCAAAAGGGCUUUAGGGCGCUUUCCAUUUUUCAGAACUGGCAGGCCAGACCAUUCCCGUCAUAACGAAAAUUUCACUUUUAUCCUAGACAUUAUCCCGAAGGAGAUGGUUUUUCAGAAAAAAAAACUCUUGGAGAAAGACGAUUUCGGUUGCUAACUGACUGGUCAGGCAAUGGUCCAACCGGCCAGUUUUGACAAAUGGAAAGCGUCUUCAACAAAAAGUGAAAUUAGGCAGUUUCAUGUCUUGGUCGUCAAAUAAAUUAGUGUACUAAAAAUGGUAAUGCACGUGCGAAGUUGUUGUUUUACUAAUGUCAUCCUAAUGAUUUUUUUUUUGUGCCGUCCUCGUUACCGUCGCCGUCCUCAUCGCUUAAGCUCCCUGCAGACCCUUCCACGAUUUUUCAAUUUUUUUUAACAUGGACUAUUUAGAGAAAAGCCGCCGGCACCAAUGGAAAGAGCGUCUUAAACUAAAAGUAGUAAAAUUGCUUGAAAUUUGAAAGUGACACGUGUUAAGAGGGCAGGUUUGUGCCCCCACCAUGCAAACGUCUGUAAACUUUCGCGACUUUGAGGAGCUAUUAAUAUCUUUUUCAACAAAUCACUCUCAAACUUCACAAUUUUCCUAAUUACAAGGCGCUCUUUCCAGUGGAUUUAUCCUAACUUGUCCAUAUCAAAAGUUGAAAAAACGGGGGAAAGGUCUAUUGAAAAUGAGCGCAUCGAACCUUAUGUAUAGCAGAAAUACAGUUCCAGAUUCCUCCAUCAUACAGUUUUGAGUGCAGAUUUUUUUUAAAAAAGUUCAAGAGUCAAGUUUCAUGUUUUAGCCGGUGGUGAAAUGAUUAUGUCUCUGCAAAAACACGCUUUAUUACAUCCGUUCGUAAUCGGGACGCCGGGCGAAAAAUAGAACCGUUUCCCGUAAAACAAAAGAAACAUUUUGGUUCCAUGCUUUAAGCUGGAAUAGCUAAGGAUAUUCAAGUCAACCUAAAACAUCUCUCUCAUUUCUCUCAACACUAAAGAGAUGUUUUCGGAACGUGCCGGUGGUGUGGAGUGCCACAGGGCUCAGCAUAGGGUCCUUUAUUGUUCUUAAGAUUUUUUAUAUGUAAAAUGAUCUUCAUUAAUGUCCCAGGGGCGUGCUUGAUUUUCGACUCUUUGUAGUUGCCACCAACAUUCGUAAACAAUAUUAAUAUACAUUUUUUGUUAUUUCAGGGUGAAUUGAGAAGACAGAUUUUCCAAGUAACUGGAGAAAAUUAAAAACUAUUUUUAAAAUUUGUUAGCUG